AUGUGGAUCGUGUGUCUCUUACAAUUGUUUAUUUUAAACAAUAUUAUUUUUGCACAACCUCCAACUUGUAUUCGUUCAUCCAAAUAUUUAGUACCUCAAACACCGGGUGAUAAUGGUUUUCGUAUAACUGUUGAAGGAAGUUUUAAAGCAUAUGUUCCUGGCCGCACAUAUAAACUUACAUUAAAUGGCUUUAAAAAUCAAUUUUAUCAAGCUUCAUUUAAAGAAUUCAUGAUUAUUGCUGUACCAUCAACAUGGUCUGAUGAACAACCCUAUCGACCAAUAGGACAUUUUGAAUUAUUACAAUCAACAAAUAAUAAUGAUGACUCAAUGCAGGAAGCUGUUAUAAGUCAACGUAAUUGUCCCGGCGGUGUUACAGAUGCAAAUCCAGAUAAAUUAAAAAAUUCUAUAUCUAUCGAUUGGAUUGCACCACGUCAUGCACAAGGAUGUGUUUCAUUCAAAGCUACUGUUGUUCGUUCAGAUACAACAUGGUUCAAAGAUGAAAAUGCUCUUACAUAUACUAUGUGUGAAGAUCAAAUGCAUAUCAAGAAAAUGAUGCAACAAUGUUGCGCAUGUGGUGAAGCAAAAUAUCAAUUAACAUUCAAAGGACUUUGGUCACCAAAAACACAUAAAACUGCUUGGCCAUCAUCAACGGCUCAUUUUUCAACAACUGUUGGUGCUGUUCAUAAUUCAAAUUAUUCAAUGUUUCAAGUUGGCUCAUAUGCUCAUCGUGGCUUAAGUGAAUUAGUUUUAACCGGUGAAACACAUACAUUAGAACAAGAAUUAGCAAAUGAACAACGUAAAGGAUCGGUCGGUUUACGUUUUUUUAUAACCGAUACAUGGUGGCGUCAAGCUAUUCGAGUCAAUCGAGAUUACCAUCAAAUAUCUCUCAUUAAUAAAUAUGUUGAUGAGAAUAUAGAAUCAGCAGAUUCUUUUAUAGGAGUCGAUGCAAUAAAUUUAUGUUUGUCCAAUUGUACAUGGAUUGAACAAUAUUCAGAAGAUCUCUAUCCAUUAGAUGCAGGUAUUGAUAGUGGAAAUACUUAUACGUCAAGUCGAUUACCAACGUUGCCUUUGGAAAAAAUUCAUACAAUUACUGCUACUGUAUCACCAACAUCACCGUUUCAUGAUCCUAUGAGUAAACCAAUGAUGCCAGUAGCACGUGUAACUCUUCAACGAACACUUGUUCGUGGUGCUCAAUGCCCAAACAAUCAACCUAAUACACAAAAUUCCCAUAGAACUCCAAAUAAUCUUGAAGAUUCAUCGUCUGACAUUGAUCUAUCACACGAAAAACAUCGAAAUGAACGAUUGAAACAAAAAUAUGAUUAUUCAGGAAACUUGAUGUAUGCCUAUGAAGAAACAUCAUUACCAGACUGUCGCUUAACUGAAUGGUCACCGUGGUCAUCGUGUUCAGUUAGUUGUGGUCAUGGAAUAAAAACAAGACGACGUGCUUAUGUUAUGCCCGAUAAAGCUUUUCGUCGUCAUUGUAAUCAACGAACUUAUGAUAUGGCUUCAUGUCAAUUGACUGCAUGCUCAUCAGCCAUGACAAAUGAUCAUUCAAAAUCAACACAUAAUGCAAUGUGUAUGGCAAGUGAAUGGUCAGCAUGGUCACAUUGUUCCGUAACAUGUGGUACAGGAAUGCGUACUCGUUCUCGUACAAUGUUAAAAGGUCGAGACAAUGCUCAAUGUCAACUAGAAUAUCAAUUAAUGGAAAAAGAAACUUGUCAUGGAAUGAAACCUGCCUGUGAACAAGGUCGUUUAACUGAUAUGAUCGAGAAGAAACGUAUAUGUAUGCAACUGAUAGAAGUUGGUUCAUGUACACAGUACGAACGACGUUUCUAUUUCAAUUUGGAUAUGAGUAAAUGUCUUGAAUUCGACUACAGCGGCUGUGGUGCUAAUGAUAAUAAUUUUCUGACACGUGAUGCAUGUGAAGAUACAUGCGAUAUUUUACUACGUGGUCGAACAGAGGAUGGUAAAGACACACGCUGUAUGACAUUACCAUGGUCAGAGUGGAGCGCUUGCUCAUCUGUUUGUGGACAAGGAACACAAGUUCGAUUUCGUGCAUAUAAAGUUAAAUUUUUAGCCAUGGGUUUUUGUGCGGAACCAUUGGAAGAAUUUCGUGAUUGUAAUGUACCGUGUGAUCCAACACAAAUGUAUCGUUUAUCAGAUUCACGUAAAACAAUGAUUAAAAGUAUGGAAGCAGCUGAGAAAAAAGAUAAAUGUAUGCAACCACUGGAACCAGGUCCGUGUACCAAAUUUAUUGAACGAUUCUAUUUUGAUGUAACAACACGCAAAUGUACCAAAUUUCAAUAUGGUGGAUGCAGAGGCAAUGAAAAUAAUUUUAUGGCACACGAUGAAUGUAAUGCUAUGUGUGAUGAGCUCAUUAGAGAUCAUAAACCAAUGGUUCACGAUCCACGUUGUCUGAUUUCAAUGUGGAGUGAGUGGUCAUCGUGUAUGAAUGCUACAUGUCAUCGACCAGGUACACAAACACGAACAAGAAUGUAUGCAGAUAAACGAGCAGCUAUGAUUGCUCAGUGUGGUGAAUCUUUGGAAGAACAACAACGAUGUACACUUGAUUGUAAUGAUAAUGUUUCGAAAAACAAACAAAAGGAUAUGAUGAAUAUGCCUAAAGUAAUGCAUCGGCCUCGUAAUCCUUGUUGUGCUUGUGAUGAAGCAAAAUAUCAAUUGACAUUUCAUGGUCUUUGGUCGAAACAAACACAUCCAAAAGAUUGGCCGCCUGAACAUCUUCUUCAUUGGUCUGAUAUAAUCGGAACUGUACAUAGUGAUCAAUAUUCGUUAUGGAAUUAUGGUGAUACCGCCAGUGAUGGUCUUAAACAAAUAGCUGAAUGGGGAGCAAUUGGUACUAUGCAAAAGGAAAUAAAAAAUCAUACUAAAUUUGGUGUUAUACGUAAUAUAAUGGUUGUACCUGGUCUUUGGACAGUCAAUGUAAGCAAAUCAACUGCAGGUGCUUUUACAACUUCGAAAAAUCAUCAUUUCCUAUCGUUUGUUACUAUGCUCGGACCAUCACCUGAUUGGGUUGCUGGUGUAUCUGCACUUGAUCUAUGUCUUCCUGAUUGUACAUGGAUGGAUAGUUAUGAAGAAUUACUUCAUCCAAUUGAUGCUGGAACAGAUAUGGGCAUUCGAUAUGACGGUCCUAAACGACCGGAAAUUCAACGAAAACCAAUAGCACCGAUUCUUUCGAGUAAUAUUACAGAUCAACGAUCACCAUUUUUUGGUAGUCAACCACCUCCAUUUGCUAAAGUGAGUAUAAAACGAAUUAUGGUACAAGGUGUAGCCUGUCCGAAUGGUCGACCACAGCAUAGUGAAAUAACGCCGGUCGUUGAUUUUGGUCCAAACUUUGCAGAUUUAAGUCGUAUGACUGAAACUGAAACUGAAAAAGAUAUUGCUAAAACAGAUGUUGAAAUACUUGAUGAACAAUCAUCUGAUCCUCGAUGUAUGACAUCAUCAUGGUCAGCAUGGAGUUCAUGCAAUGUUAAAUGUGGAAAUGGAUUAAGAACACGAACAAGAAUGUAUAAAAAUCCUAAUCAUCAUGAAUGUAACGAACGAUUAAGUGAAAGUGAGAUGUGUCAUGCAAGAAGUGGAGAAGAAUGUGACGAUGAAAAUCAACAAGUUGCACCAUGUACUGUAACUGAUUGGUCAUCAUUCUCGCCAUGUUCAGUAACAUGUGGUCAAGGUGUAACAGAGAGACGACGAUGGUAUAUCAAUGAAAAUUCGCACCAUGACUCAAGAUGUAAAGAUAUUCAUUUGACUGAAAAACGUCAAUGUCAAAAUACACAUGCUACUGAUUGUGGUAGCACUGAAAACGAAGAAAGAUGUAAAUCUGAACCAGUUGCAGAUAAUCGAUGUCGUGGUUUAGAACGAUAUUAUUAUAAUAAAACAAGUAUGGCAUGCGAACCAUUUGCUGGUAACAGUGCUUGUCCUGCUCGUGGUAAUAAUAAAAAUAAUUUCGCCAACAAAAUGGAAUGUGAAACUACUUGUAAUAGUCUUGUGGUUCAAAAUAAUGACUUAUCAUGUUCAAUGAGUCCUUGGAGUACGUGGAGUGAAUGUUCAGUAACGUGCGGCCGUAAUGGUGUUCGACGCCGUUCUCGAACAUUACUGAAUAAUCAUAGAGCAGUUGAUCAAUAUCGCUGUCAAUCGUUGCCACUUGAAGAAGUUGAGCCAUGUCAUUUAAACCGUUGUCCACCAACUGAUUGCGUUGUAAGCCAAUGGAGUGCAUGGUCUUCAUGUACAGGUUGUGGGCAAGAUGCUAUACAAACUCGUAUACGUAUUCCGGUACGUCGCGCCCGUAAUGGUGGUAUGCGAUGCGGACCAUUAAAAGAAAUCCGAUAUUGUCAAACAACUAUACCCUGUUAA